AUGAGGCACAAAUUGGAUGAACAAUUUGGGAGAUUUAUUGAGAUGCUCAAACAACUACAUCUUUCACUACCUUUCACUUAUGUCAUCAACCAAAUGCCAAAUUAUGAUAAGUUCCUUAAGGAAAUUUUUGAGUGGAAGAGGAGUUGUGAUGUAGUUGAGACGGUUAACUUAACCGAAAAUUGUAGUGUAUUCAUCAUAAACAAGAUGCCACCUAAAUUGAAAAACCUCGGAAACUUUUCUAUCCCUUGUGCCAUUCAUAAGAUGCAAAUUGAUAAAGUCUUAUGUGACCAAGGAGCUAGUGUUAGCCUUAUGCCAUAUUCGGUUUAUCAAAGACUUGAGCUAGGGGAACUUUCAUCUACCAACAUCACCUUGCAAUUAGCCGAUCGCUCAAUUAAGUUUCUAAAGGGUAAGGUAGAGGAUGUUCCUUUGAGGGUAGGAAAGUUUGUGAUUCCGGUUGAUUUUGUGGUUUUUAAAAUGGAUGAAGAUGCUAACAUUCCCAUCAUACUUGGGCAUCGAUUUCAUGGGACCAUUCCCUUCUUCUUAUGGAAACCAAUACAUGUGGCGGUUGAUUAUGUCUCAAAAUGGGUUGAAGCCAUAACCUCCCCAACCAAUGAUCACAAGGUGGUAUUGAAGUUGUUCAAGAAAAUCAUAUUCCCGAGGUUUGGAGUUCCAAGGGCGGUGAUUAGUGAUAAUGGGUCACACUUUGUGCACAAAGCUUUCCGAAAGAUGUUGAGGAAACAUAGGGUGCAUCAACGAUUCGGUCUUCCCUAUCAUCCACAAACUAGUGGACAAGUUAAGGCCUAUCGAACGGCUUUCAAGACCCCAAUAAGUACUACCCCGUAUCGCCUCCUCUAUGGAAAAUCAUGUCAUCUCCCGGUGGAACUUGAGCACCGUGCUCUUUGGGCGAUCAAGAAAAUCAACUUUGAUUUAGCAAGUGCGGGGGAGCAAUGGUGGUUAUAUCUUCAUGAGCUAGAGGAGCUUAGGCUUGAUGCAUAUGAUUGUGCUAGCAUCUACAAGGCCCGUUCUAAGGAAGUACAUGAUAAGCUCAUUGAGAAGAAAGAUUUUUGUGUUGGUGACAAGGUCCUCCUCUACAAUUUUAACAUGAAGUUGUUCCCCAGAAAACUUAUGUUUAGGUGGAGUGGUACGUUCUUGGUUCAAAAAGUUUUCCCUAAUGGAGUGAUUGAAAUAUCUGCGUUGGAUUCCUCUUCCUCAUUCAAAGUCAAUGGCUAUAGACUUAAACGCUAUUAUGAUGGUGUUUUCGUUGGCCUCGUUUAUAAGAUGAUUCUCUACAACCCACCUUGA